GCCGUGGCGGCUGCUGAUGCUGCUGUGAGCUUUGAGGUAACAAGAGGAAGAACAAUGAUCCGUACACAUGUCAGGGUAUUUCAGAGUCGAUGUUGCUCGAGAGGCGCAACUGCUUCCCAGCUGAUCGCCGCACAAAGGGAACCGAGAACAACAACAACACGCGCGGCGCCGCGCACCAUAGCAGUAGACACAUUACCAACCAGGGGUAUCAGCACCGCUCCCCGUUCUCUCGAGAGCGAGACGGUAGCCAGGGCUGCAGCAUCGACGGCGAUAAGACCGCGUGGGCCGCUCUCUCCUCCUCGCCGGUUGCUUCGGAAUCGGCCUGCGGAGGACGGCAAGCGCUUCGUGCGCGAGGCGCAGCGGCUGGGGGGCCAGGGGAAGUGGGGACGAGUCAUGUCCCUGCUGAGACAGGCGGAGGGAGACGGCGCCGUCGUGAACCACAUUAUGUACAACGCCGCGAUCGGCGCCCUCUCCAAGAGCGGGCGGUGGAGGGAGGCGACGUCGCUCUUGGAAUCGAUGCCGGAAAAGGGCGUCGCUCCAGACGUUGUGAGCUACGGGGCGGCGAUGGAGGCGUGUCGGGCGGCGCGCGGAGGAAGGCCCGACGAGGCCUACGGCAUCCUCUCGCGGAUGACGGCGUGGACUGGAGGCAAGAGCGUCAAGCCAAACAGACGCUGCUUCAACAUCGUCCUCGCGGCCUUCGCGAAGAGUGGCAGGUCUCGGCGGGCGCUCUCCCUGGUGGAGGUGGACAUGGUGAACGCCAGUGUUGAGCCGGACCUCCGCACGUGGUCGACCUUGAUCGACGCCUACCGAGCGGCCGGCGAGAGCGGCCGCGACGCCGCCGAGCUGUUGGGGAGGAUGCGCGAGGCCGGGGUCGAGCCGGACGUGUGGUGCUUCAACAACUGCCUGAACGCCGCGAGCCGGCGGGGCGAGUGGGAACUCGCGUUCGGCCUCCUGGAGGACAUGGGCGAGGCGGGCGUGGAGCCCAACUGCUGGAGCUACUCCGCGGCGAUGAAGGCGUGCGUCAACGCGGAAGAGUGGACGCUGGUACCGGCGCUGCUGCGCGCCAUGAGGGAGGCCGGGAGCACCGCUCCGCCGAAUGUGUGGAACUUCAACAUCUGCCUCGACGCCUACGGAAAGUCCGGGGAGUGGGAGAAGGCCGUGAGCCUCUUGCGGAAGGACAUGCCGGCGGCGGGGGUCGCACCCGACGUCGCCAGCUACGCGUCCGCGAUCGACGCAGCUGGGAAGGCCGGGGAGUGGGACACCGCGCUCGCCCUGUGGGACGAGGCCCGGGCGGCCCUGCCGCCGUCCGCCCUCAACUCCCAUGCCUACAGCAUCGCCAUCGGCGUCUGCGGGAAGGCCGGCCUGGUGGACCGGGCCCUGUCGCUGCUAUCGGAGUGGCGGGCGGCGCCUGGUCUCCCGCCCGACCUACGCCCCUUCAACGCGGCCAUCGAUGCCUGCGCGAGGGCCGGGCGCUGGGAGCGGGCGCUGUCCCUCCUGCGGGAAAUGGAAGAGGCCGGCCUCGAGCCGGACGUAGUUUCGUUCACCUCAGCGAUCGCGGCGUUCAGGGGCGGGAAGGCGGCGGCGGCGGCGGCGGGGGCGGGGGAGCGGGAGCUGGGCCUGGCGCUGGGGCUGUUGGAGGAGAUGAAGUCACGGGGCCUACCCCCGACGAGCUUCUCCCACUCGGCCGCGAUCAAGCUCUGCACGGACGCCAACCGGCACGAGCGGGCGCUGGGGCUGUUCGAGGAGCUCAAGGCCUCGGGCCAGGCGGCCGACGAGCCGGCGUUCACGGCCAUCAUCGACAGCUGCGCCCGCCACAGCGGUAGUAGUAACGGCGGCGGGGAAGGUCGGUGGGAGACAGCGGUAGGUCUCCUCGAUGAGAUGGAGGCGUCGGGCGUGGCGCCGAGCGUGGCCGCGUUCAACGGGGCCAUUCGGGCCUGCUGCAACGGCGGGCAGUGGCACUUGGGGAGCUCCUUGCUGAGGAGGAUGGCGGCGGUCGACGGUGUGGACCCCAACGUGUCCAGCAUGAACGCCCUCAUUAGGGGCUUGAGUUGAGGCCAAACAGGUUAAGCCUCUCGUUGCAGUUUGUACUCGUCAGGGCAGCGGGCUGCAUCCUCCUCUCCCCGAGCUUGUAGUAUAUGGCAGUGCCGCUUGUUGUUUGAUAGGCACCUCCACAUGGAUUCAUGGGGGCGGUUUCAGUUCGUCGUCGGGAAACAGCGGAAGUCGGAGUCAGUUUGUAGCUUGUGUUGCCACGCCAAGGUCCAUCACUCUUAGGGUUUCGAAUGUAGCUUCGCUCCCUGUACAUAGUGUGCACACCAUCAUCGCUAACGCGAUUGAUUGGUGUCGACGAUAGCACAUUUUUCUAGGAGGUAUUGGAAACGACGAAUAUUGGAGGGGGGCGGAUCGGCAAAUGGUGAGCACGCGAAACAUAUACGGCUAGUGGCUUGGUGGCUUUUGAGACUUGUUGUGCCAUGUGUGUUGAAAGUUUAUGCAGAAACAUGUACAGCAUGUUGUUCCGUGUGGUGUUGGGGAGAGCAGUGACGUUGAAAAUGUGACGAAACAACAGAGCCUUGUAUGCAUAUGCUGGUGCAAAAUUCCCCGCUUGUGAAUACUGGGGAGUCCUAUACAGAGGUUCAUGGUGACCG